CGGACAAUAUAAGCUUCAAAAACUCUCCGAAUGUUCCGGUUUUCAGGCUAAUUUAUUACCUGGAGUUCCUUUGUAUUUGUGCACGAAGUGCGAAUCGCGUUUGGAUAAGAUGUAUACGUUUCGCUGGCGAUGCAACAAAAACAUUGCAUUGGUCAAUGGAUUGACCGAAAAGCAAAACACAGUGAAGAACAAGGCAGACAUCACAAAAUAUCAUCUAGAGCACUCUGCUGAACAAACGGUUGGAACAGAAUUAUUCAUCAAAACUGAAGAUACUGCACCGGAUGCAGCAAACGAUGCGAUUCAGAGUAGUUGUUUAGUUCCUCAUGUAACUGAUUCAUAUGAAUUUUGUGAGAUCAAACCGUUCGUAGCACAGGAAACUGCAAAUGCAAUCAAAUUAGAGAAUGUAGAUGUCGAUGAACAGUAUCGGUUGCAAACGAAUCCUAUACUAGAUCAUGAACAGGACGACCUGCAAACAAAUCUUUUAGAGUUGGUCUGUCAGGAUCGAGAAGAUCACUCUAUGUCAAAUAACAUAUGUGCAGAUGGCACAGAAUUGUUAAUCAAAACGGAAGUUACCGCACCGGAUGCAGCGCACGAUUUACACUUGCUUCAGAGGAGUUGUACUGUUGCUCAAGUAAAUGAGACACAUGAAUGUUGUGGCAACCAACCAUUCGAAGCAGAAGAAAACCCAAUUACAAUCAAAUUAGAGUAUGUAGAUGUCGAUGAACAGUAUCGGCUGCAAACGAAUCCUAUACUAGAUCAUGAACAGGACAACCUCAAAACAUAUCCUUUAGAAUUGGCCUAUCAGGAUCAAGAAGAUCACUCUAUGACAAAUAACAUGUGUGCGUAUGGCACAAAAUUGUCAAUUAAAACUGAAGUUGCCACACCGGAUGAGGCGAAAGAUUUGUCCUUGAAUCAGAGGAGUUGUACUGCUCAUCAAGCAAACAGGACAUAUGAAUGUUAUGGGAACCAACCUGAUGAUUUAUUCGAAGCAGAAGAAAAUCCAAUUGCAAUCAAAUCAGAGAAUGAAGAUAUUGAUGAACAGGAUAACAUCGAAAUAAAUACUUUAGAAAUGGUCUGUCAGGAGCGCGAAAAUUCCCCUGCGACAACCAACAGGUGUGUUAAUGAUUCAGCAUCAGAAUCAUUCGAGACAAUAAACCCGAACGCCCAUAGCAAAGGCUACCGCAAUAAGCAAAAGCACCACUGCCCUCAUUGUUCCGCAAUUUACCUUUUUUCAAACCAGCUAAAGAACUUGUGA